GCUCUACUCCACUCCACUCCACUACUGAUCAAGUGAACUGCUACUCUUCACCACCGCAAUGGGCCAUCUGGUGACUGUCUCGACAUGUGCCCUCAACCAAUGGGCCCUCGACUUCGAAGGCAACCUCGACCGCAUCGUCGCCUCCAUCGUCCAGGCAAAGGCCCAGGGCUCCUCUCUCCGCGUCGGCCCUGAGCUUGAAAUCACAGGCUACGGCUGCCUCGACCACUUCCUCGAAGGCGACACCUUCCUCCACUCCUGGGAAAUGUACGCCCGUAUGCUCCAGAACGAAGACUGCCACGGCAUCCUCCUCGACGUCGGCAUGCCCGUCAUGCACAAAAACGUCCGCUACAACUGCCGCAUGCUCUCCUACGGAAAAAACAUCCUCCUCAUCCGCCCAAAACUCUGGCUCGCAAACGACGGCAACUACCGCGAAAUGCGCUACUUCACCCCCUGGAUGAAACCCCGCCAGGUCGAGAAGUUCGCCCUCCCCCGCAUGAUCUCCGAAAUCACCGGCCAGCACGAGGUCGACUUUGGCGACGCCGUGCUCUCCACCUUCGACACCGUCCUCGGCGCAGAGACCUGCGAAGAGCUCUUCACCCCGGACUCUCCCCACAUCGACAUGUCCCUCGACGGCAUCGAGAUCUUCACAAACUCCUCUGGCUCGCAUCAUCAGCUCCGCAAACUCGAUCUCCGCCUCAACCUCAUCACCGAGGCCACCGCAAAGUGCGGCGGCAUCUACCUCUACGCCAACCAGCGCGGCUGCGACGGCGACCGCCUCUACUACGACGGCUGCCCGCUCAUCGUCGUCAACGGCAAAGUCGUCGGCCAGGGCUCGCAGUUCUCGCUCAACGACGUCGAAGUCGUCACCGCCACCGUCGACCUCGAAGACGUCCGCUCCUACCGCUCGCUCAUGUCGCACGGCCUCCAGAGCCGCACUACACCCACCUACCAGCGCAUCCCCACCGCCUUUGCGCUCUCCAAAUCCGGCUCGACUUUCGAUCCGACCAUCGUCCCCACCAAACCCCGUCCGAUCAGAUAUCACCGUCCGGAGGAGGAGAUCGCGCUCGGACCCGCCUGCUGGAUGUGGGACUACCUGCGCCGGUCGAAAUCCGCAGGCUUCUUUCUGCCGCUCUCCGGAGGCAUCGAUUCCUGCUCAACCGCGGUGAUUGUGUACUCGAUGUGCCGGCUCGUGGUGAGCGCGUGCGACGAAGGCAACGAGGACGUCAUCCGCGACGCGCGCCGCGCCGUCGGCCUGCCCGAGUCCGAGUACAUCCCUACCGACCCCGCCGAGUUUGCGAGCCGCAUCUUCCACACCUGCUACAUGGGCACCGAGAACUCGUCGUUCGACACGCGGCAGCGCGCGACGCGGCUCGCAAAUGACGUGGGCUCGUACCAUGUCGAUCUGAACAUGGACCUCGCGGUGAGUGCCGUGCGCGAGGUGUUUGUGGUCGUGACGGGCAAGAAGCCGAUGUUUCGCGUGCACGGCGGGUCUGAUGCCGAGAACCUUGCGCUGCAAAACAUCCAGGCGCGGCUGCGUAUGGUGUUUGCGUACCUCUUUGCGCAGCUGUUGCCGUGGGUGCGGGGACGUAGUGGCGGAUUGCUUGUUCUCGGCAGCGCGAACGUGGACGAGUGCUUGCGCGGGUACUUGACCAAGUACGACUGCUCGUCUGCCGACAUCAACCCCAUCGGCGGCAUCUCGAAAACCGACUUGAAGGCGUUCAUCGCCUACGCGCGGGACGAGUACAACAUGCCAGUCCUGCAAUCGUUCCUCGACGCGACGCCGACGGCCGAGCUCGAGCCCAUAACCGAGACGUACGUGCAAUCCGACGAAGCCGACAUGGGCAUGACCUACGAAGAGCUCUCGAUCUUUGGCCGGCUGCGCAAGAUCGACAAGUGCGGGCCGUACUCGAUGUUCAUCAAGCUGUACCACGAGUGGACGCCGCGGCUGACGGCCGAGCAGAUUGCGACAAAGGUCAAGAAUUUCUUUUUCUUUUAUGCGAUUAAUCGCCACAAGAUGACAAUCAUGACGCCCGCGUACCAUGCAGAGUCGUAUUCGCCGGACGACAAUCGGUUCGAUCUGCGGCCGUUCUUGGUCCCGAAUAUGAGGUAUGGAUGGGCGGCGAAGAAGAUCGACGAGGUGGUCGCGAGGUUGGGCGCGGAUAAGAGAGAUUAGACAAUCUAGAUAAUACAGCAUUCAU